AAAACAAUUUGAACAAUAAUGAAGUACCCAUUGAUACCAUUACUUUCAUUAAGUCUUUUGAUAACUGGGGUAUCGCUAACGAAGAAACGGUUUGAUAAUUUUAAAGUGUACAGCGUACAAGUUCAGAACGAUGACCAGCUAAAAAUAUUGGAAAAUUUAGAGAGAAAAGAUUUUGAUUUCUGGGAGUCACCAAUACUGGGAGAUGUUGCUGAUAUUAUGGUAUCGCCCGACCAGGAAGAGUACUUUCAGUCUUUGGUGGUCGUUCAUCAAUUUGAAAGCACGAUAAAGAUUGCUAACCUUCAAGAGUUAAUGGAUCUUCAGAACCCGGUAAUUGUUCCUAGGGCCGGCUAUGGGUGGGAAAUAUAUCACUCACUCGACGAGAUCUAUGCAUAUUUAGACGAUUUAUUGGAACGUUUCCCAACAAUUCUGACUCCAUUUACCGUUGGAUAUUCAUACGAAAACAGAGAGAUUCGAGGUGUUAAAGUGUCUCGUCAAGAGAACAAUAAAGCAAUAUUGAUUGAUGCAACCAUUCAUGCCCGAGAGUGGAUAUCAACACCGGCAGCAACGUGGCUUUUAACGCAGUUGCUCACGUCUGAAGAUCCUGAAGUGGUUAAUAUGUCAAACAAUCUUGACUGGUAUAUUAUUCCAGUCUUAAAUCCAGAUGGUUUUGUUUAUUCUCAAAAAGUUAAUCGUGCCUGGCGUAAAUCUAGGACAGCCCAUUUUAAAUUGUGCUAUGGAGUCGAUCUUAACAGGAAUUUCGACUAUCAUUGGAACACUGUCGGUGCUUCCGAUAAUCCAUGUUCUGAUACAUACGCUGGGCCGACUCCAUUUUCCGACAAAGAAUCUAUCGCUUUCAAAGACUUCUACGAAACGAAUAAGGAGCAAAUUGUCGUUCAUUUCGCCUACCAUUCGCCUGGUCAAUACUUUUUAUCACCUUUCGGCUACACGUACGAUCACGCAGACAAUCACGAUGAAUUAAUGCAAAUCGGAAACGCUGCUGCAGAUGCGAUUAGGCAACGAAAUGGAACCGAUUUUGUUGUGGGGACAACCGCAGAAGUACUACGUUUAAAUUCUGGAACGGUACGCGAUUGGUUGAAAGGUGUCCAUAAUAUCAAAGCCACAUACACCAUCGAAAUGAGAGACAUAAGAAAUGGUCCCUAUGGAUAUCUAGUUCCACCAGAUCAGAUUUUUCCUAACGCUUUGGAUAUAUUCGACGCAAUGAAAGCUGUCGUUCGUACAUGUCGUGACCUGGGGUAUUUCAAUUAACACAACUACUUUUACUAGUCGGCGUUUUCUUUAGUAUCGAAAUAAAACAUUUUCCAACAAAAAUAGCUUUAACAU